AUGGAAUCAACUAUUGAAAAAAUUCGUAAAUAUUGUCGUGAAGAUUACAGUCUCGAUGGUGAAAUAAUUGAAUUAUGGACAAAAGUUUUAUCUCAAUAUGAUUUAUCAACAUUAGGUGAUGAAAAAUGGUUCAUACUUGAACAAGUAUUUAAAUCAGCUUUACAUUGUUCAAAUGAACCGAUUGCUCGUGAAUGUCUUAAACAAUUACAAGAAAAAUUUGAAACAACAAGUCCUCGUAUCAUCAAAUUAAAUGCAAUAUAUUUUGAAUCAAUUGGUCAAUAUGAAAAAGCUGAACAAAUCAGUUUAAGAUUAAUUGAAAAUGAGGAAGCAAAUAUUAUUAAUAAAUUUAUUGAUCUAACUAAUUUUCUGCUUGAUAUUUGCACAAACUUACCCGAUUUUCCUUCAAGUUGUUUAAAGUCAAUUCAACAAUACUGUCGACAAAUCAGCGAAAUGAUCAAUAAUGAUAGUACCGAACUAAACGAUUUUACGACGCCUUUAGAAGAAAUGAAAUAUUUAAUUGAACCAACCAAUAUCAACGAUCUUGAAAAAAAAAAUUAA